UUGAAACAGGCCUAGGGGUUUCUGACCCUUCUGGCCCCUGCACCAUGACCACAGUUAGUGUCAAGCCGAGUCAGCGCUUCCAGCUGGCUGACUGGUACACCAAUAGCUACCUGUUGUCCACCAAUGCUGAGAGGCAGCGAGAUGCUUCCCAUCAGAUCCGCCAGGAGGCCCGUGUCCUCCGCAACGAGACCAACAACCAGACCAUUUGGGAUGAACAUGACAAUAGGACUCGACUUACAGAGAGGAUUGAUACUGUCAACCAGUGGAAGGAGAUGCUGGACAAGUGUCUAACGGAUUUAGAUGCUGAGAUUGAUGCCCUGACACAGAUGAAGGAGUCAGCAGAGCAAAAUCUGCAGGCCAAGAACUUGCCUCUGGAUGUGGCAAUUGAGUGCCUGACCCUGCGGGACAGUCGACGAGACAUUGAUGUGGUGAAUGACACUGUGGAGGAUGAGCUGCACAAAGAGGUGGAGGUCAUUGAUGCCACCAAGAAGGCCUUGCAACAGAAGAUUGAUCAGGCCUUCGAGCAGCUCUGCCUCCUCCAGGAAGUCCGACAGCAGCUCAACUCUGACCAUCGGGGCAAAAUGGAGACACUGGAGAUCGACAGAGGCUGCCUCUCUCUCAACGUCAACUCUCCAAACAUCUCUCUGAAGGUCAAUCCUACACGCGUCCCCAAUGGCUCCUCCACACUCCAGCAGUGGGAUGAUUUCAGUCAGUUCAACAAGAAUCGGGCAGAGGCUGAGAUGAAAGUAGCCACAGAGCUGAGGGAGGCCAUCGCCCUAACUAUUGCUGAGACCAAUAACGAACUCGAAGCCCAGAGGGUUGCAACAGAAUUUGCCUUCAGGAAGCAACUCUGGGAGAAGGAGAAAGUGUACAGCGAGCUCAGGUGGCAAGAGAAGAAUACCUUAGAGGAGAUUGCCGAGCUGCAGAAGGACAUCCGGCACCUGGAAGAGGAUCUGCAGAGAAAGUUUCUGAGCUUGAAGCUAUCACAUACCCGGCUAGAGUCCAGAACUUACCGGCCCAAUGUGGAACUCUGCCGGGAUCAGGCACAGUACGGCCUCACCGACGAGGUUCACCAGUUAGAGGCAACAAUCACUGCCCUGAAGCAGAAGAUGGCACAAGCACAGGAUGCUCUAGACGCCCUAUACAAGCACCUGGCCCGGCUGCAGGCUGACAUUGCCUGCAAAGCCAACUUCAUGCUGUUGGACACCAAGUGCAUGGACACCCGUCGGAAGCUGACAGUGCCUGCUGAGAAGUUUGUGCCUGAGGUGGACACCUUCACCCGCACCACAAACCGCACCCUGAGUCCACUCAAAAGCCGCCAGCUGGAGCUAGCCUAACCUUGAGGGGCUAGUGGGAGAGGGAGGUUGGGUGGGAAAUGGAAGAGAGAGGGAGAAAGACUGAAACUAAUAAAUGC